GGCGCGGGCUGCCGCUGCGGACAUGUCGGGUCCGCGCGCAGGCUUCUACCGCCAGGAGCUCAACAAGACCAUUUGGGAAGUGCCGCAGCGGCUUCAGGGCCUGCGCCCGGUGGGCUCCGGCGCCUACGGCUCGGUCUGCUCGGCCUACGACGCGCGGCUGUGCCAGAAGGUGGCGGUGAAGAAGCUGUCGCGUCCCUUCCAGUCGUUGAUUCACGCGCGAAGGACUUACCGCGAGCUGCGGCUGCUCAAGCACCUGAAGCACGAGAACGUUAUAGGGCUUCUGGACGUCUUCACGCCGGCCACAUCCAUCGAGGAUUUCAGCGAAGUGUACCUGGUGACCACCUUGAUGGGCGCCGACCUGAACAACAUCGUCAAAUGCCAGGCGCUGAGCGAUGAGCACGUACAGUUCCUCGUUUACCAGCUGCUGCGUGGGCUGAAGUACAUCCAUUCUGCCGGGAUCAUCCACCGGGACCUGAAGCCCAGCAACGUGGCCGUAAAUGAGGACUGCGAGCUUAGGAUCCUGGACUUUGGGCUGGCACGCCAGGCGGACGAGGAGAUGACAGGAUACGUGGCCACGCGCUGGUACCGGGCGCCAGAAAUCAUGCUGAAUUGGAUGCAUUAUAACCAGACAGUGGACAUCUGGUCUGUGGGCUGCAUCAUGGCUGAGCUGCUCCAGGGAAAGGCCCUCUUCCCAGGAAAUGACUACAUUGACCAGCUGAAGCGGAUCAUGGAGGUGGUGGGCACUCCCAGCCCUGAGGUUCUGGCAAAGAUAUCAUCAGAGCACGCUCGGACAUAUAUCAAGUCUCUGCCCCCCAUGCCCCAGAAGGACCUCAGCAGCAUCUUCCAUGGAGCCAACCCCCUGGCUGUAGACCUCCUUGGAAGGAUGCUGGUGCUGGACAGUGACCAGAGGGUCAGUGCAGCUGAGGCCUUGGCCCAUGCAUACUUCAGCCAAUACCACGACCCUGAUGACGAGCCAGAGGCUGAGCCCUAUGAUGAAAGUGUUGAGGCCAAGGAGCGCACGGUGGAGGAGUGGAAGGAGCUUACUUACCAGGAAGUCCUCAGCUUCAAGCCCCUGGAUCCAUCACAGUCACCUGGCAACCAUGAGAUUGAGCAAUGAGACAUUGCCUGUAGGGGCCUGAGCCUGACACCUUUCCUCAGACUGUCAGUUUUCCUUGAGAGAGGCCUCUCAGGCAGCCUGGGAUCCUUUGCCUUGAGGAGAAUCUACAUAUGACUUCAUGAGUAUGUACACGUGUGCCUUCCACGUGUUGGAGUAUGAACAGAAGUUUCCCUGGACUUCCCUUGGUCCUCCUAGGUUUUCCUUGAAAUCUCACUGUGUAGGACCUGGAUGCCCAGGGGAAUAUGUCUAUCCAGAUCUCUUCCAUAGAAGACUAUCAGGUGGGAAGAGGACAAAUGAGUCAGGGCCCCUGGAGACUCUGAGGAUGGGACUAAAUAGUUAUAGCUUCUCAGCCUGGAAGUGUGGAGCUGCUCUGGGAAUUGCUGAGGCCCAUAAGUCUGAGAACUAAGAGCCAGUGCCCACCUGAUUGGGUAAGGAUCCUCUGGUGAUGGCAGGUUGAUGAUCAUCACCAGAUGUCUACUCAGAACAGUUACCUGAAGUUUUGUGUUUGUCUCUGGUGUGUAGGAACUUGGAUAUGAGUGUGCAUACCUGGUGUUCAAACACAGGGCAUGUGCUGAUGAUCUUUGGGCAUCCAAUGGCCAGUAGCUGUGUCUGAAAGGGCACCUAAGUUGGAAUAUUCUCUUGCCUCUCCCCCUGCAGUUCAUGAUGCCCAAUCUGUCCAGGGGUUGUGUGGGGGGGUGACAAGUACAUCAAUUUGAGAAAAAGCCAUGGCUUUUCCCCCACUUGGGUACAGUAGGUACAGCAGGCUCUUCAGGUAAAAAAAAGAAGACAAUGCCAGCUGGAGAACUGAUAUAGCAGGGAGUCUAGCCUUGAGGACGGUAGUCAGGCAGCACCUAUGGAUGUGGUCUUGAACAUUAUUGUCCCUGGACCUUGGCCCAGAGCUGAAAAAAGCCUCUGCCCAUACUCUACCUCUGCUCACCAUGUGGCUCUGCAGCUGAUGAGGAGGUACUCUGAUUUGUGGAUUAUCCCUCAUCUCCCCUUCUCUCUGAAAGAAACUGAAAAAGUAAUUUCUGGAACAAGACCCUGCUUGGAGAUAUGUUGGACAUGAAGCUCCUACCUGAAGAGGCAGUGACCUCUUGCUACCAGGGAUCCAGAGAGGUCUGAAUGUCAAGUGCCUGUACCAGGGGUGCACAAUAAAGGGGAUUCCCUCUUGCUCUUUA